AUGAAAUCUCGUGAUGAAGCCCGUUUUGCACAGCCUUCAUUGGCGCGUACGGACAACAUUGCCGACCAAAGAGAAAGACAGGACCAUGGAAAUAAUGCUGAAUUUGAAAUUUCAGAACAAGCUAUAAAAUUUGCUGUAGAACAACAAUAUGUUCCUAUCAAGCUCGUUUGUCAACCUAAAAUGCAAUUGAAAGAAACAGCAAUAAAAAUGUCGAGUGAUCUUAUUGAACACAUCAAAAAUGAUUUUCGUAAAGAAAAUCCAAAUUUUUUGGGAGCUCUCUUAUUUGAUUCAUGUUGGAUUGACUCAACAGGCGAUGUGCAACUUCUAACAAAGACCACUGCUCUCUAUGUUUUUCUUUGUCGAAAAGAUCGUUAUCCAAAGAAACUAUGUAACAUCGAAGUAACGCCUCUACCACCUCGUCACCUGCCACCUCAUCGCACUGCAAUUAUUAAAUGGAUUCAGAAAAAUGUACAGAAUACAGAAAUUAAACAAGAAUUAGACAAAAAGUACACAAGCUUGUUUAAUUUAGAAUCGAUGGCUGGUACGGAGAAUGAAAAUACUCGACAUGUGAAAAUUGAGUUAUUAAAUUACAGUGAGUACGAAGAUUUGAUUCAUAGCAGAAAAAUUAGUCUGAAUGGCAAUGCUCAUGAAACUGACGAAUUUUUGCCUGCACCUAAAAUGAUGAUUUGUGGAAGAUGCAACUGUCCAGGUCACACCAAGAAAAAUUGUCAAAUUUCUCAAUUUGAUAUUUGUAAAAGAUGCGGGAAAGAUCGUACUCACAUUCAAGAACACCGUGGCUGUCAAAUCAAAUGUCACCACUGCGGCGAAAAUCACGUAGCAACAAGCUAUAAAUGUCCAAUGAUUUCUGAUUUUCGAUAUGAAUUAAUUCAAAAGUUGAAACAGCAUCCAGAGAAGCUUCCUCCUCAGGCUCAACUUUUUAUUCCUGUUUCCUUUCGGGACGAAAAUGAUAGACAAAGAACAAUUUCGAAUUUUAUGAAUCCUCCUGAAAGAAAAUUUCAACAGCCUCUUAAUCAAGUGUACAACAGAUCUGACUUGCAAGCCUGGCCGAGUAUAAAUCCAACUGUUAUAACAACAUCUCUCACACAUUCAAAUCUAGCUGACUUCGAAGAAAAAUACAAAGCUAUCCAACUGAAGUUAGACCUUAUGGAAAAACGUCACGAAGAUGAACGAAUUGAAGCAGAGAAAUUAAGAGAUUUGGAAAAACUAAGAAUUGAGGGAAAAUAUCGUUUUCAUAGGAAGAAACUUAAUCAAGUAUGGCUUCAAACAGAUGCAUGUCAGGAAGUUCAACAAAAAAUGUUAAAGAAAUGUUUAACGUCUCAGAAAGAAGUUGCGACAGCCAAUAUUGAAGUUAUUAGAGCAGUGCGCGACGUCAGUGAUGAAUUAAGAACAAAAAUAAAUAUUUCUACGUUUGAUAAAUUUGUUGAGCCCUUGGACUCUCAAUUGAAGUACGCUGAGUCAACAAAACAAAGACUGACACAACAACAAAAUGAACUUCACACGGAACUAGCUAAAUUCAAUGAAGAAAAAAGAAAACCUUUACAAGAAAUCCUGAAUCUCAAUGAUGACCAGUGA